GAAAUUGAAGAAAAGUUUAGUCAGUUCUUUUGCGAAUUUUGAGAAGGAUCGUAAGUUGUCAGUUUCGCUGUUAGUGACCGAUUUAUUUGUAUUUCGUUUUGCGGGUAAUUUAAAUUUGAAAAUUUAAAUCGAACAAUAACUAAUUCGAAUGAAAAAAACAUUAUGCAUUUUAUGUUUCGAGACAAAACGUAAAUCUCGCGUGUAAAGUUGUUGUGUAAAAGACAGUAAUUAUUUUAUGCGUGAAAAACGAUGGCGAUUAUGAUGGAGAAUGUCGCUGGACAAGCAACCGCUGAUAACUACGAUGUGUUUCCACCUCACGUUGACAUUUCUUCCAUAACCAUACCGCCGGAAAGUCCCAGCGGUAAGAAAGCUCCGUUGAAAACCAUCAACGAAAUAAGCGCAGCAAUUCAAGCUGGCCGAAAACAAGAAGUGAAAAAAAUGCUCAGAGAGAAUUCUUGGCCGAUAAAUAACACCAUUCGGUCCCACUUAUGGCCCAUGCUUUGCCAGCAACACGCCCAAGAUAAACAAAUGCAAGAAGGAUUUUACUGGGAUUUGGUGACCCAACUUUUCGGAACUACAGAACUUCCAGAAAAACCGUGCGUACUACCGGAGUUUGUAGAUACGUCGCAUCGACUGCAUUAUCAUUUAUCGAAACGCGGGCGUACGGUGACCGAUCGAGUGGUCAGCGUGUUAGGUUACGCGUGUCCUGAUAUCACUUAUAGUCCGGCCAUAUAUCCUCUAGCUGCUUUAUUUUUACAUUAUAUGCCUGAAGAAGAAUGUUACAAUAGUUUGGCUAGUUUAGUGUCCUCAAAGCAUAAAGUAUUCGUGACGCAGACGAAACAAUUGUACGAAGUCACAUGGAGAACUGUGAUGCAUAUCACUAAAAAACACGUGAAAUCUGCCUCAGCUCAUGUAGCUAGGCAUUGUAAAACGCCUCGCUCUUUAGAAAGAUUAUACAGUGAUUGGACUUGGUGGAUUUUACAAGGUCUUCCAUUUCAUCAUUUGGUUAGAUUAAUGGACUGUUACCUGCACGAGGGUAUCAAAGUUAUGUACAGAGCAGCUAUGGCCAUAUUGCAAUUAUUCUAUAAGCACUCGAUGUCGCAGAAUUCCCAGUGGAAUCAACAAAUGCAGAAUCAAGGCGUCGAUGUAACUUUAAUGCUUUUUUGUAAACAAAUACCGGUUAGUCCUCAGAAAAUGUUAAGAAUAGCGUUUGGCAUUCGUGCUUUAAGCUCGUCUUACAUUCAGAGGGUAUUUAUAAAGACUGAAAUGACGCUGAAGAGUAAAUCGGUGAGCCUGAGCGACAGUUCCCGAACUCUGCAUCGAUCUAAAUCCAGCGAGAAUCUCCCCAGCAGCCAAUCACAAGUCAAUAUUCAAAUGAUGUCGCGUACGCUCACCAUUAGAGAGGGGGAUAGAUCGCCGAGCCCCAGAACUGCGGCUAUGGGGGCAUUUCCCGUAUGUAACGUGAAAUCUUUAAUCGUUACCCACGAAGACUUGAUAACAUUGUGGACGUGGCUGCCAAUCAGGAUAACAAUGUACCAACCAGUAUUACUCUAUACGACUGAAGAGCAUGGAUGCAGUUUGACUACAUUUUAUUAUCGAGUCGAACAACACGAGCCGACUUUAUUGAUAAUUAAAACCUGUAAUAAUGAGGUUUUUGGAGCAUACUGUUCGAACAAAUGGUUAGAUAGAAAUCAAAAAGACGAAAGGGGUAAUCGAACUACUUAUUUUGGUACCGGUGAAACGUUCUUGUUCAGUUUGCAACCAGAAAGAAGAAAAUAUCCGUGGGUUGGAAUCGAAAAUGAUAACGUUAAUCAUUCCAAUGAACUAUUUAUGGCCGCUGAUCCCCAAAUGAUCACUAUUGGCGGAGGAGACGGUCAAGCCAUCUGGAUGGAUGAAAAUAUCCGAUUCGGUAAAACGGAUAGAUGUUCGACGUUCAAUAACCCUCCGUUAUGUCCUAACGGCGAUUUUGAAAUAAAGGUAUUGGAAGUUUACGGUUUCGGAGGAGUAAAAUGAGCGAUACAAUUUGCAUGACGUGAAGAUAUAGCGAAAAAAUUAAAACGAAUUGCGCGAUUUUAAGCAGGCUAUUUUUAAUAAAGAUUGAGAAACGCCGCCGCUUUAUCCGCUAUAGUAUUAAUGCAUUUAUCAUGGUUAUAAUUUAUGAUUUUUUUAUAUUUAAUUUUUUUCUAUGUUGCGCCUUGUAAACGUGUAUAAUUUUCGGAUUUUUUUUUUUUUAGGCCUACUUAAUUCCAAGAAAUUGACUUUUCUUUUUUCGCUUUCGAUACUUUUUUUCGUUUCGUUACAAAUUGCGUUAUUUCAUUAUUUCUUUUUUUUAGUUUUUUUCUCUUUUAUUUUUUUUGUAUUAUUUAUUUUAUUUGUUGCCUUAUGUUGUAUGUAGAAAAAAAAACGUCUGCAAUCGAAGUUAUAAUAUUUCUAGUUAACUAGUCAAAUUUUUAUUUUAUUGUUAUUUUUUGCAUGUUUUAUUAUUUCUUUCAUUUUUUUUCUCUUUUUCUUUCGUACGAAACAAACGCUGCAUAUAGCGGGCAAUUAGUUUAGUAAUGUUUCUUUUUUUUUUAUGAUUUUUGAAUUUCCGUGUCGGUAGUUAUGUAUUUUAGUUGUUUGUUUUUUUUUAAAUUGAUUUUUAAAGUAUAGAAAUCUCAUAGAUUGAAAAAACAGAGUUGAAAAAAAAUCGGGGGUUGUUAUCUAACCUACAUAUCUCGUAACGAUAUACGAAUAACAUAUAAAUGACGAAUCGCUAAGCGAUUUAUUGCAAUAUUUGAAAUAUUUUCAAAAUAUUUUAAAGCGAUGAAUUUACUACCGAAAAUUUUUUGUUUGUUUUUUUAUAUAAUGUUGUUGAAUUUAUGUUUUGUUAGGAUUUUGCAUUUUGCUUUCAUUAUUAAGUUUCGAUUUACUCGCAUGAUUGUUGUCGUCGUUGUUACUUAAGUUGUUUAUAUUCGUAGCUGGAAAAAGUUAAUGUUGUUUAGUUAUUGUUUUUAUCGUGUGUGUUUGUGUGUGUGUGUGUGUUUUGUAGAUGAGCGUGUUAUUGAUUUAUAUAACUUUCAUUAUUUUGUCAGCAAAAUUUCUAUUAUUCUUUUUGGCAUAUAAAUAAUUUUUUAAACUUGUAAGUUUAAGGUAAGGAUGCGAUUUGUAUGUCUUGACUGGUUCGCGAUUCUCCGAAGCGAUGAUUUUCCUGCUCAUUGCUGUUACUCGUUCGUCGAAUUUCCUAUUUAUACGUUGAGGUGCUUCGAGCGUGCGUACUUUUAAAAGCGCCUAGAACUGAAAUUGAUCUCGGCUUAUUAAUUUAUGACUGAGCGAGCCCCAUCUUGCCUAUGUCAGGUGACUGAUACGAUUGGUAAAUUUCGUCCGGAACGAAAUUAUUAUAGUUUAUGAGGGCGAGUACAGCGUGGACAAGAAAACGAAUCGGAAUUGUGUUCAUUUUGUACGUAUCUACGUAUUUUAAACAGUCGAUUAAAGUAGUUGAUUUUUUGGAUAAAUGUGGCUAUUUUGGCAACACUGUGUUAUGACAAUUUCAAGUUUUUAACGAGGAAAUUUAUUUUGAUACUUUUUUUUACCUACGGUUUUUUUGUACGUUUUGUGGAAUUUUUCUGCCUUUUAGUUUUAAAAUUGAAUGGGUGAUGGAGUGUAUUGUAAGGAUUGUUCAAUUGAAAGACGAGUCGUUUUGGGAUGGACGAUGAAUUAAUUUCGAACGAAUCGUUCGCGAACAACGAGUCAUUCGAAGUGAACUGUUCGCAAACGACCAUGAUUUUGAAUUUAAAAUCAUUCAAAAUGAAUCGUUCAUGAACGAGAAUCCAGUUUCAGCUACUCGUUCGCGAACGAUUUGUGAAAUUAAAUGAAUCGUUCAGAAUUGUAAUCAGUUUGAGCAACUCGUUCGUGAACGAUUUAUGUGGUGAGAAAUCAGAAACGAAUCGUCCAGGAUAAAAUAGUAUCUAUUAGAAAAAAUUAAUGAAAAAAAUGCAUUACCUUGCCUACUUGUUCGUGAACGAAAAGUGAUUUGAGAGUCGAAAUUAAGGGAAUCGUUCAAUCAUUUGAUAAAUUAAAUAUUAAAAUAUUUCCAAUUGCUGGCAGAAAAGGAAUAUUAAAUCAUUCGGUUUAUGUUUUUAUAUGAAUGUUACGCAGGUGAACGACUGAUUCGUUCAUCUUAUGGAUCGUUCGCGUAUGAUUUGGUUUCUUCGUUUAUCGAAUUUUCUCAUCGUAAGCGGAUCAUUCGUGGAAAAUCGGAUUUCCGAUAUACUGGAAUAAUUCGUUCGUUUAGUAAAUUGUUUAGUGAAUUUUUCAUUUCGUUCAUUAAUUUCGCGAAUGACCAGAUCUUUUGAUUCACUGAUCAUUUGUGAAGAGUAAUUACCUUUUUAUUCAUUUGCGUGUAAAUCGUGUUACGUGAUCGAAUUAACAACCUCUUUAUAAGGUCAACGAAUCGUUCGCGAACGACUGAAUCGUUUAGUAUUCUUUUGAUGAAUUUCUGAACAAUUCGAUCGUUCGAUGAAUGCAAAUUUUUGCAAUGACAUUAUCUUCCGUUUAAUAACUGCUCGCCUCUCAUCUAUGUAUGAUCUGCCAGAAUCGUUCGCGAACGAAUUGAUCGACAAUUUGAAAUGAAUCGUUAGCGAACGUCAUCAAAAGGAAUUUUUCAUCUGCAAAAUUAUCAUUUUCAAAAAUAUUUCCGCAGUUAAUUUUUUGUUUGGAAUCGUUCGCGAACGAUUUACUCAAAUCAGUCAAAUCGAACUCGUCGUUCACGAUUACGAUCAAAAGAUUAUUCAAAAUGAAUCGUUCACUGGCCAAUGACCAUGAUUCAGCUCUGAACCGUUCGCGAACGAUUCACUCAAAAACGGACUCGUCGUUCACGAGCAAAGAAUCGUUCGAAAUCGAAUGAAUCGUUCAUAGACAAUGAUUUCAAUUCUGAAUGAUUCGUUCAGUGAUUACAUGUUGGUUUUCAGAAAAUCUGGUGUGUAAAGGAAAUCACUCGAACGAUUCAUUCACGAACGAAGACUCGAUUUUGAGCGACUCGUUCGCGAACGAAGAGUCAUUCUGCAAAGAAUUGUUAUAAAUCGAGCACAUUUCAAAUUUGAUGCAAAUUUUGAGAUAGUGGACAAUGGUACGCGUAGUGAAUGAAAAUUUUAAUGAAUCGUUCUAUGAUUCAUGAUUCAAAUCUGGUAUUUUGAUCAGAUGAACUCGUCUACAAUCGAAAUUUCUAUUCGAAUCGUUUUGUCUGACGAAGUGGCACCAUUUUUGAACGACGAGGUUCUAAACGAAUCGUUUGUGACCGAAAACGUAAAUCCGAUCGAAUUGACUCGCAAGUGUUAUUUCUUGACUUAUUUUUUCCUAAUUUUUUUUUCAAAAUCAAAUCUUGGGAAUCGUUUUUUUUAAAAUGAGACAGUCGUUUUUAAAAAAAAAUUGUCCCUUCAUUCACAAACGAUUCAGUUCCAACUUUGAUCAAAUAUUUUUGUUCGCGAAUGAUUCAUUCUUGAUGGUUAUUCAAAAUGAGCCUUUGACCUUUGUAACAUUUUUCAACAAGAAGGCAGUGGAGACAUAUAUAAUUAAUAUGCAUCUAACAUUAUUAAGUGAAUGAAAUUUUCGGCUCCUAGAUUUUUAUUCAAAAUUCAAAAUUGCAUUUAAAAAGUCAAAAAAUCCAAAAUAUGGGAUCAAAAAAAAAAAUGAAACAAAUAUUCCAAAAUGCGAGAAAAAUGCAUUCAAAAAAAGAGUUUUGAAAAAUAAAUUCAUUCAAUUGGAUUAUCAAAAAAAAAAAAUUAACUAUCAAACACAAUGAAGAAUUGAAAUUGAAAACUAUAAAUUAAGAAAAAAUGUUACAUAUCUUCAAUCAAUCGUGUUCAAUGUACAAAUUUCAAUUAACAACGCAUAAGUUUAAAAAAUAUCCUUUCUACCUAAUUAGGUAAUAGGUACCUACUUUUACGAUACACUUUUUACGAAACGAUUUUUAUCAUCGCAUUAGUCAAGCAUACGUAUAAAUCGCAACCUCGAAUAAUUAUUAGUAUUUUUUUUACAAAGGCAACGAACAUUUCACUAUUUGAUAAAAAAAAUUUUUCAUCAGAAUUUUACUUCAUAAAUUUACCAUGUGGUCAGUAUUUAAUUUUAUCUUUUUUCAAAUUUAAACUAUACCUAUUCAAUUUACAUAACGAAUGAAAAUCGAAAAAGAGUAACGACUAUGAUUAUAAUUACGUACGUAGAAAAUAGAAUUAAUCGUAUCCAUAAUAAUAUUGUGUAAUAGAAAAAUUAUUAUGAAAUAAUUCCCAGUGAUUACUGAAAGAAAAAAAAAUAUCAGAAAAUUCUCGUAAUAUAUUGAACUCAGUUCUAUAAUAAUCAUUCCACUAUCAUUACUAUUUUUUUUGUACUGUAGUCGGUUAAUUUUUUUUUCUUAUGUUGAUGUAUAAUUGUUGUUAUUAUGGAAGACUCGUUUAUUUGAAUAAGUGUUACGUUUUUAUCAUUAUUCAAAUCUUUACCAUGUUUUUGUUGAUUUUUUAAGGCUUUUUAAAAUUUAUCUUGAGUUGCGCGCAUGUUUAACAUCACUACCUUUUUUUUUCUUUUUUUUUUUUUUUAAUAUAUAUAUCAGAAUAACAUUUUUUUGUAUAGAUUUUAUGUGUGUAUCCAGCGAAAAAAAAAUACGAAAAAAACAAACAAAAACAAUUGAAAUAUAACGGUAUUUAAAAUACCUAGAUAAAAUAGAGAUAAUAUUAUAAAUACCUAUAUUGAAGAGAUAAACAUGUAGCAUUUUUUUUCUGAUUUUCGCCGAGUUCGUGUAUGUGGUUUAGAUACGAAUACAAAGCUUUUUUUCCUUUGUUAUUGUGAUCAAUACUAUGUUGUAUUUUUUUUAUUUAUUUUUUAAUUAAGGUUACCACGCUUUUUGUACAUAAAUACAUUUUUACGUAUUUAAAAUGUAAAAAUAAAUCGUUCAAUGAUGGUGUA